CCUCCUCUCGCCGCCUUCUCUCCACCUCCAAUUCAUCCCUUCUUCUACCUUUCUUUUCUUGGAUCGAUCUGCGCCAUGUCUGGUCGCGGUAAGGGAGGCAAGGGGCUGGGCAAGGGCGGCGCGAAGCGCCACCGCAAGGUUCUCCGUGACAACAUCCAGGGGAUCACCAAGCCGGCGAUCCGUCGUCUCGCCCGCCGUGGUGGCGUAAAGCGAAUCUCCGGUCUCAUCUACGAGGAGACCCGCGGCGUCCUCAAGAUCUUUCUCGAGAACGUCAUCCGUGAUGCCGUCACCUACACCGAGCACGCCCGCCGCAAGACUGUCACCGCCAUGGACGUCGUCUACGCACUCAAGCGCCAGGGUCGCACCCUCUACGGGUUCGGAGGCUGAGCUCGUUCUUUGGCGGUGCUGGCGAUGGAAGUGUGGGUCGCAAGUGUUAGGGUUUUGCGUUCUGAAAGGGCUGAUGUUGUCUUGUAAAAAGGACCUACCUUUGGUUGCGUUGUAACAGGAGAACUGUAGCUUUGUGUUAUCAAGAUGUAUGCCUAUGGAUUUCCAGUUGCAGUGGUUGGCAUUGGCAUACCUUUUUCUUAGUGACGAAAGGUUCUUGCUUUGAUUUCAUAUUUGGUUUAUGAUACGGAGGAAGAAAGUUUGUGGUAAGAAGGCAACAGCUUUGUGGUUUCCUUGUGACCAUAAAUGUAGCUUUCUUUU